AUGCCCGACGCCUCCUCUCCGCCAUCCCGCAACCAGUCCAAGACCCCCUGUCGUCAAUUCUGGGACGAUAUCGUCUCAAAACAUGGAGACCGGCCAGGACUUGUAGUCAAGCAUGAGGACGAUUUGCAUUGGACUUUUAGACAGUUUGGGGAGGAGGUUGAUCGGUUGUGUAGGGGGUUGUAUGAUUCUGGAAUUCGAAAGGGCGAUCGCAUCGCUGUCUGGAUGCCGAACAACAGCGGAUGGGCAACAUUGCAGUAUGCGACUGCCAAGUCGGGCAUCAUCCUUGUCACUUUAAACCCUGCCUACCGACAGCAUGAGCUCCUGCAGACAUUGGCAUUAGUCGAUUGCAAAUCGUUGGUCUUUGUCCCUGGACUGAAGAGCUCCAACUACAGCAAGAUGCUCCUCGACCUUAUCCCCGAGCUCGAGUUUCAAUCACCCAACCAGCUCUCAACUCAGAUCUUGCCCUCCUUGCGUCAGGUUGUUGUGUAUGAUAAUGGAGCCGUGAUGCCGGAGACGGCCAAGAUGAAGGGAUUGACCAACUACCGGGAUUUGCUGUUCGGAACUCCGAAUCUUGCAAUUGACGGUGCCCUUCAGAAGGAGAGACUGACUAUUAACAACCGGGAUGUUGUCAACCUGCAGUUCACCAGUGGCACCACUGGGCUUCCCAAAGGUGUUUCAUUGAGUCACAGGAACUUGCUAAACAAUGGGCUUCACAUUGGAGACCGCAUGCUCCUGACCGACAAGGAUCUCCUCUGCUGCCCCGUCCCACUCUUCCACUGCUUCGGCCUCGUCCUCGCCAGUCUGGCGGCCGUAACCCACGGUGCCGGUCUCGUCUUCCCCUCGCAGUCCUUUGAAGUCGAGGCAACCUUGCGGGCAGUCCAUGAGGAACGGGCGACCGCCCUUCAUGGAGUACCGACAAUGUUCUUGGAAGAAAUGAACCACCCCAACUUUGCACAGUACGACUUGUCGUCGUUGAGGACGGGUAUUGCGGCGGGUUCUUCGGUUCCAAUUGAGGUCAUGAAGAAUGUUCAGACAAAGAUGAACUUGGACGAGCUGACGAUCAGCUAUGGCAUGACCGAGACUUCGCCGGUGUCGUUUAUGACCCUCACGACGGAUGCUCUCAAGGACCGGUGUGAGACAGUGGGUCGUAUCAUGCCCCACAUGGAAGCCAAAGCGUCGGGUGAGACGCUGCCUAUCAACACAUCGGGAGAGUUAUGCACAAGAGGUUACGCGGUCAUGGAAGGUGGAUAUUGGAAGUCCGAGGCCCAGACCAGGGACGUGAUCGACGAGGAAGGCUGGAUGCAUACUGGAGACCUCGCAACCAUCGACGAUCAUGGCUUCUGCAGGAUCGUGGGUCGUUGCAAGGACCAGAUCAGUCGAGGAGGCGAAAAGGUCUCACCUGUUGAGGUGGAGAACACCAUCUUCCAGCUUGAGAGUGUCCAGAACGUUUCUGUGGUCGGUGUGCCGGACCCUAAGUUUGGCGAGGAAGUCUGUGCGUGGGUGUCGACCAAGGCCGGGCACAAGAAUGUGACGCUGAAGGAGAUUCAGGUGUUCUGUAAGGAGAAGUUGGCGCAUUAUAAGGUCCCCCGGUAUUUGGUUUUCAAGGAUGAUGUCGAGUUGCCGUUAACGCCCUCGGGCAAGAUCCAGAAGAAUGUUUUGCGCGAGCGGUGCGGUGAAGUCUUGAAACUGACUCCUCCUCGUCCCUAG